GCCGACAGCUCGGAGGACGAGUACGCGGGUUGCUUUGAGGGCGGCGAGGUCGUCAUCGCGGCCGCGCCCGCCGCUUUGCCCGCGGCGCGGGAGGCCACGCCGUCGGGGCCGCCGCGGCCGCGCACGCCGCCCGGAGGUGCAAGUGCCAGCGGAGGGGCGCACGCGUCGGCGGCGGAGGCCGGCGGGGCGGUGGGCAGCGAGCGCGCCAAGCGCCGGCGCAGGUUGCCGUUGCAGGGCGCCGCAGGAGGCGCAGAGUCCAUCGCCGAGGCGCACGCGCCGGUGGCGGAGGCUGGCGGGGCGGGAGGCAGCGCCGCGAAGCGCCCGCGCCGCUUGCCGCUGGAGGGCGCGGCAGGACGUCUGGCGGGUGACGCCGGAGCGGGCGCUCAAGUGCCCGCGCGCCGGGGCGGCGCUGCCGCCGCCGCCGCGAGCAGGGGUGCGGCCGCGGAGGCCAGCGCCGAGGACAGCGCUGGCUCCGAGCUGGGGUCGGACCUGGACGAUCCCGAGCCUGACGAGCCCGAGGACGACGGCGUCCUGCAUGCAGAGAUCACCAGGAUGCACCGCUCGAAGCACCGGUGGGCCGUGUGGAUGGGCCCUGGCAUCCUGUGCGCUGGCGGCUCCGAGUGCCUCUUCGCCGGCGCCCAGGCGGUCCUCUUGCUGGACGACGAAGACGAGGGCGACGGCGUCGGCAGCGAGCCGCUGUGGCAGCCGCCAGAGGCAGUCUGCCCUCCAGAACUUCGGGCCGACGGCACGGCGACGCCCGACGGCCUGGCGGCACUCCAGGUCGGCCCUGGAGCCGCCGCUGGCGAGCCGCCGCUGACGCCGGCCUCCGCCCCGAGGGGCAGAGAGACGCCCGGCUUCCGCAGGCUGCGCAGGCCUCGGGGCAUCUCGGCCUUUGGCGCCGUCUGGGCUUCUGCACGCGGACAUGGCGGCCGCCUCCUGUGA